GCCAAAUAUUCUAAAAGGUACAGCAACAUGUUUUGCAGAACUUUUGAAGAAAUGUUGGGAUAAAGAUCCAGAAAAACGGCCAUCGGCAAUAGAAAUUUAUGAAACUAUUUUAAAUUGGAAGAAUAGUACUGAAUUUUUAUCUGAAUUUUUAAAAUCAGACAAAGAAAUGGUGAUCGAAAGUAAUAGUGGCCUUAAUAAUGUGGAAGAUAGUACAAUUCAUACUAGCAAAUUCAUUAGUUAUAUUAAUCAACAGUCACAUGGGCAAAUAACUGCAAAUGAAAUGAUUUCUAAUAAUAAUAUUUAUUUUGAAG